AUGCUUUAGAUUAUAGAUAUACUGCCGAGCUUCCUUAAAAUGUUAAAGAAGAUGAUAAAAAUCUUGAUUUUUCAAAGGAUGGAAGAGGAUACAGAUCAAAUCUUUAUUUAGUACUUAAAGAAUUGUCAUUUGAAAUUUAAAGUAUUGAAAAAGUUUGUUGUGUUGGAAGAACAGGCAAUGGAAAAUCUUCUAAUAUACAAGCUAUUUUUAGAAUGUCAGAAAUAGAAGAUUUAUAGGAAUCAAAAUUAUUAAUUUCUGAUUAAGAUAUUAGAAAAUUAGGAUUACAUAAAGUAAGAAGUAAUAUUGGAAUUAUCCCUAACUCGAACGAUAAGAAGAAAUUUAGAUCCAUUUGAUAUUCAUUAAGAUGAAAAAUUAUGGAAAGUUUUAGAAUAAACAGACCUUAUAAGCCAUGUAAAAAAUUUAUAAAAGGUCUUUUGACAGACAAGAGUGAUGUAAAUUUUGUUUUUUUCUGUGGGUUAAAAAUAAUUAAUUUGCUUGGCCAAAAUGAUAUUGGAUGAAAAGAAAAUCAUAGUAUUAGAUGAAGCUACCGCAAAUGUUGAUAUGAAAACAGAUGAUUUUAUUUAAGAUACUUUAAAAUAUAAAUUUUCAGAUUGCACAAUAAUAACUAUUUCUCAUAGAUUAAAUACAAUUUCAGAUUAUGAUAAAAUUAUGGUUAUAAGUGAAGGAUAAAUAGUAGAAUUUGAUACUCCUUUUAAUUUAUUAGCCAAUUCUAUAAAUUCUAUUUCUGUUGAUAAA